CCUGUGCCCCCUUCCCCCUGUGCUCCCUUCUCCCUGUGCCCCCUUCCCCCUGUGCUCCCUUCUCCCUGUGCCCCCUUCCCCCUGUGCUCCCUUCCCCCUGUGCUCCCUUCUCCCUGUGCUCCCUUCUCCCUGUGCUCCCUUCUCCCUGUGCCCCCUUCUCCCUGUGCCCCCUUCUCCCUGUGCCCCCUUCUCCCUGUGCCCCCUUUUCCCUGUGCCCCCUUUUCCCUGUGCCCCCUUUUCCCUGUGCCCCCUUUUCCCUGUGCCCCCUUCUCCCUGUGCCCCCUUCUCCCUGUGCUCCCUUCUCCCUGUGCUCCCUUCUCCCUGUGCCCCCUUCCCCCUGUGCUCCCUUCCCCCUGUGCUCCCUUCUCCCUGUGCUCCCUUCCCCCUGUGCUCCCUUCCCCCUGUGCUCCCUUUUCCCUGUGCUCCCCCCGGUCCUGGGGCUGGGCAAAGAAACCCCUGAUGGCUCCACACCACUCCUUGUUAGCCAGGGGCCCUGGCUUCCAGGGCUGCAGCCCACUGGAUCCCAGUGACUUCGUGGGCUGCAUCUCGCCCUGGCAGGGCGGCAGGAGGAGCAGAGGCACCUGCAGGCACGGAAAGCUGCCCUGCUCUCUGCUGAGCAAUCAGCAGUUACUGGAGAGCUCUCAGCGAGCUGGACACACCACGCUGCUGCCUUAUUUAGAGUCUGCCUGAGCGCUGAGUCCUGGAGUGCAAAAUGCACCUAGGAAUUAGCCACAGCUGGAUUAAAUCGCUUAUUGUAAUUUGCAAAGCGUGUUCCCUUCUUCUGUCGUGGACAAAUGAAAGACUCACUCUGCAUGAGCUCCCUGUCACCCUCACCCCGUGACAGGGGGGGAUAAUUGCUGAAUGCCUUGUGGUGAUUGAGUUGCAAGGGGAGUCCUGAAGUGUCUCUCCUCAUCAGUGUGUCACACAAGUCGCAAUUCUGAUUUGUCUGAUGAGUAAGAGCCAGAGCAGCAUCGCUCCAUGGGAAUCCACAGCAGCUCAGUGCCCUCGCUGUUGUUAACGUCGCCACGUCGUUGAGGGGCCGGGAAAUCUCGGUAAUGCAUUUUAAACAGCAAUCAGCACAAAGAUAUAAACAUGAAAAAGCUGUUAACAAAUAGAGGACACCCCACGAAAGCGGGGAAUCCAGGCCCAAGGUGCACUGGCACUUUGGGGUCCCCCUUUGGGGUGCACAGAGAUGCUCUCCUCAGGAGCGGUGGGAACAAGACUGGCACGCACUCAGUCUGCAAAUUAACCGAGGUUUGGGGAUUGGGCACAGUGCAGCCGGGAGCUGCUGAGGGAGGUCUGGGAAGCCCUGAGGCUGUGCAGGGAGCCUGGCACCAGGGCAGGCACCGGCCCUUGCUGUGGCCACUCUGGAGCCCCUUCCCUGGCACUCAGCGCUGGACGCUCACCUCAGAAGCCACACGAGCAGCAGGACCAGCCUGGCUGAAACUCCCCUGACAAUGAGUGACGGCCACACGCUACACAUGCCUUUGUGGGACAUCACCAGCCUGCUGUACGACCAUUUCUGAUGCGACUGAAAAGGAAAAUCCUGACGACAGCACUUCAAACAGAACUGCCGCAAAUCUCUCUGAGUGGCUUUAAUGAAACCAGCCGGAAAGAGAAGGGGAGCAAAUCAAAGGCUCCAGUCAGGAGCGGGGAAGGGCAGCAGCAGAGGAGGUUUGUGAGCAGCAGAGUUGUCCUGCUGGACUCCAAGGAAUCGCAGGCGGAGCUGGGCUGGACCUCACACCCAUCGAACGGGUGGGAAGAGAUCAGCGGCGUGGAUGAAACCUUCAAGCCGAUACGCACGUACCAGGUCUGCAACGUCAUGGAGCCCAACCAGAACAACUGGCUGCAGACGGGCUGGAUCGCCCGGCGCGACGGCCAGAGGAUCUUCAUCGAGCUCAAGUUCACCCUGCGGGACUGCAACAGCAUCCCCGGCGUGACGAGCACCUGCAAGGAGACUUUCAACCUGUACUACGUCGAGUCCGACUCUGACCUGGGCCGGAGCGUCCGGGAGAGCAAGCACACCAAGAUCGACACCAUUGCCGCCGACGAGAGCUUCACACAAGGAGACCUGGGCGAGCGCAAGAUGAAGCUGAACACCGAGCUGAGGGAGAUCGGGCACCUGAGCAAGAGAGGCUUCCACCUGGGCUUCCAGGACGUGGGCGCCUGCGUGGCGCUGGUCUCCGUGCGGGUCUAUUACAAGAAGUGUCUCACCACCGUGCGGAACUUGGCCACGUUCCCGGACACGGUGGCGGAGACGGCCUUUGUGACGCUGGUGGAGGUUAAGGGCACUUGCGUGGCCCACGCUGAAGUGGACGUGGACAAUCCCCCCCGGAUGCACUGCAGCGCCGAGGGAGAGUGGCUGGUGCCCAUAGGGAAGUGCUUGUGCAGCCCUGGCUUUGAGGAGAAGGACGGGGGAUGCAGAGCCUGCCUUCCGGGGUUUUACAAGCUCUCCCUCCGUCUCCCUCUCUGCUCUCCGUGCCCCGAGCACAGCUUCACACGUGAGGAGGCCUCCACCUUCUGUUUGUGCCAGACGAAUUACUCCAGGUCUCCUUCAGAGCCACCAUCUGCCUCCUGCACGCGCCCGCCCUCUGCCCCGAGGAACCUGGUGUACAGCCUUCGGCAGUCGUCGCUGGUGCUGGAGUGGAGCGCCCCGGCCGACGCGGGCGGCCGCAGCGACCUGACCUACAGCCUGUGGUGCGGCCGCUGCCCCGCGGCGCCGCGGGGCCGCUGCGAGCAGUGCGGCAGCGGCGUGGGCUUCGUGCCGCAGCAGACGGGGCUGGUGGAGCGCACGGUCACCCUGCUGAACCUGCUGCCUCACGCCAACUACACCAUCCGCGUGGCCGCCCUCAACGGCGUCUCGGCCGUCAGCCCGCUGGCCGGACAGCAGUACGCCGAGGUCAACGUGUCCACCGGCCGCGCAGUGCCAGCUCCCGUCACUGACAUCCGCACGGACAGAGUGGAGCAGAGGAGCGUCUCCCUGUCGUGGCAGGAGCCAGCCUCCCUGGCCGCCAACGGCACCGAGUACGAGGUCAAGUACUUUGAGAAGGAUCAGAGAGAUCAGAGUUACUCAACUGUGAAAACCACGUCAACGGCCGUGACGGUCAAUAACCUGAAGCCUGGUACCCUCUAUGUUUUCCAAAUCCGAACAUCUUCCUCUCCAGACUACGGGAGCUACAACCCUGGCGUUGAAGUGGAGACCCUGGCAGAGUUGACAGUGGCCUCCAGCGAGCAGAGCCCCGUGCUCACCAUCGCCGUGCUGGCCGUGGUGGGGCUGACGGCGCUGGCGUCCGUGGUGGUGGGCGUCACGGUCUGGAGGAGGCAGUGUGGGUACAGCAAAGCCAGCCAGGACGGGGAUGAGGAGCUGUACUUCCACUUUAAAAUCCCGACCAGGAGGACGUACAUUGACCCCAGCACCUGUGAGGACCCCAUGCAGGCUGUGCACCUCUUUGCCAAGGAACUGGAUAAUGCCAGCAUCAAAAUUGAGAGGAUUAUCAGGACAGGAGAGUUUGGGGAGAUGUGCCGGGGGUGCCUGAAGCUGCCCAGCAAGCGCCAGCUGCCCGUGGCCAUCCAGACGCUGCGGGCCGGCUGCUCCGAGAAGCAGCAGCGCUCCUUCCUGGCCGAAGCCUGCACCAUGGGCCAGUUUGACCACUCCAACGUCAUCCGCCUGGAGGGGGUCGUCACCAGAGGGAGCCCCAUGAUGAUAGUGAUGGAGUACAUGGGGAACGGCCUGCUGGACUCCUUUCUCAGGAAACACGAGGGGCAGUUCACAGGCACGCAGCUCGUCUGCAUGCUGCAGGGCAUCGCCUCGGGCAUGGCGUACUUGGCAGAGAUGGGCUACGUGCACAGGAGCCUCGCUGCCCACAAGGUGCUGGUGAGCAGCAGCCUGGCGUGCAAGAUCACGGGCUUCAGACGGCCACAGGAGGACAAGGUGGAAACCGUCUUCUCCACCAUGCGUGGGAAGAGCCUGGUGCUGUGGUCAGCCCCUGAGGCCGUGCAGUAUCACCACUUCAGCCCCGCCAGCGACGUGUGGAGCUUCGGGAUCGUCAUGUGGGAAGUCAUGUCCUACGGCGAGAGACCCUACUGGGACAUGUCCCACCAGGACGUGAUGAAGGCUGUGGAGGACGGGUUCCGCCUGCCCGCCCCGGCCAACUGCCAGCCACCCCUCCACCAGCUGAUGCUCAGCUGCUGGCAGAAGGACCGCAGCCAGCGGCCCAAGUUCUCGCAGAUCCACGAUGCCUUGAGCAAGCUGGCGCAGAGCCUGGAGCCCCCGAAGUGCCCCAGCUCCAGGUGUCCCAGCUCUACGUGCCCCAGGUCCCAUGGCACGUCCGUCCCCCUCUCCAAGAGAACCUUCUCGGCCUUCCCAUCCUUCAGCUCCGUGGGUGAGUGGCUGGAAGCCAUAGAAAUGGGCAGGUACAAGGACAACUUCGCUGCUGCGGGCUACUGCUGCCUGGAGUCGGUGGCCAGGAUGACAGCCCAGGACAUCCUCAGCCUGGGGAUCACGCUGGCGGAGCACCACAAGACCAUCCUGAGCGGCAUCCAGGCGCUGCGGGCUCAGGUGAUCCGGAUGCACGGCCGGGGCGUGCAGGUGUGAAGAGCCGUCCUGCAGAGCGGCGCAGGGCCCCGGCCCGGCGCUCCCCGGGGAGGAGUGGCCCGCUGGCCCCCACCAGCCCCACCUCGGGACCCCGAAGGUCUCGGGUGGGCUGUGGGAAUGGCUGGGUGCUGCCAAACACGGGGCAAGAGAGCGGAGCUCCUGUCCCCUGUGCCGGGGCAGCCCGGGGUCCCAGGGAUGUGCCUGGGUGGACGUGGCUCUCCCCGGCACUGUUCUGUAAGAUGAGUCAAACUGUGUUGAUGCCAUUUCACGUGGUAGUUGAGUUCACAGGGUGGGAUGGACCUUUUUGCACUGUCUUAAUCCAGAGCCAACAAUUCCGUAUCUAGAGUCCUGCGGGUGAAUCCGUGGGUACUUUUAUACAACCUGACAGAUCGCAGCAGCCCCACGAGGAGUUUUUAUUGCUUUUAUAUUUAGAGAGCAGCUCUCACCCAAUGCCCAACUCCUGGAAGGUGACUUUCCCCAUCUGUGCUGAAGGAAACUCUUUCCCAGUCGCAUUCCUUCUGCUCCAUGAGCUACUUCACCGAGUUUUGACACCUCAAAGCUGGUGAACAAAACUAAAUAUUCUCCAGUGAAGCACAGAGGGGAUGGUGCUGGCUGCAUCCAUGCAAUGCAGGAUGCACACCCACACUUUGUUUUGUGGGCACCAACAAACCUGCCUGGCAUGCUGGCAGCUCCCAUAGCUGCAGCCUGAUCCCUGAGAAGACGUAAACAGCAUCUUAAUAACACAACUCUCCUUGAAGUUAAUUAAUUAAAUGGGUAUUUGCAGCUCCGUAUGGAAUUUUGUAAGGCUUUAUUAUGGUCUCUAAGUAUCACAAGUGAAUUAUUAAUGCUGAAAGGCAAAGAUUUACAUAGGGGAUGAAGGCUGUGGGAGAUGCUCAGAGUCUGGUUGGGAAUCUGCUCCCUCCUGUUAGCCUGCUCUGAGAGGAUGAGGAUCUGAACGAGGAUUGAGUGAAAGGCCCUUGGGGCUGGCGUGGUGACCGCUCUGCCCAGGCGAGUGCUGUAUGUGCUCUGGGGAACACAAGAUCUCUCCUUCCUGCCCCCUCUGCAGUUCAAACCGUGCUCCCUCCCCAGCGUCUCCUGGUCAGUGUUUUUGAACAGAAACAAUUUCUCUGAUUAUUUGGCCCAUGUCCCCUCGGGUUGGUCACUUGCCGUGCUGCUGUUUCCCACCCUGAAGAGGAACAGCAGUGAACUGAGCCCUGCAUUUAGUGAAAUGCCCGAUCCCAAGGAUCAAGUGCAGUUUGUGCGCUCUCUGUGUUUACAUUUUGUCUCUAGAGAGAGAACGUUGCAGGUCUCUGGGCAGGGGGUUGAACUGGCCUGGAUCUGGAUCUUCUCUCCCCUCUCCCUGCUCCUCCUGUCUGUCGGGAUGCAGGAGCUGUGCUGGGAAGUCGCCCCUGGAGGAGCUGGCUCCAGGCUGGCUCACCUCAAGGAAGCCUGGAGACAUCUAGGGCUUGGUGACGAGGUGACAGCGUGCCUGGGUUUGGAAAGCAGUCCUGGCCAUGGGCAGGCAGCCCCACGUUCCUCGAGUCCCCCAGAACUGAGGCUGCCCCCAGAAUCAGGGAGGUGGGAGGGGGCUGGCUCUGGGUGCCACUCGUGGAAUCUGCCUCUCUGUCCCUCUGGCUGCUGCCCAGCUGAAGAGGGAUAAACCUCAGCACAGUUACCCAUGGUCACAGCUCUUUCCCUGGGCUGCAGUGGCCAGCCGGGGCCAGGGGCUCCCGUGGGAAGUAGCCGUGGCUGUGUGGAGGGAGCUGAGCUCUGGGCUGGGCUCUAACCCAGCAGAAACAGGAGUCACCAGCUUUCCUGGCCUCUCCUUCGAGAAAGGAAAGGGAAGCCCCUCAUGGAAGCAGCCUUCUAGCCCAGCUUUUUGCAAGAAUAAACACUUUUAAUUGAGCUCCUCACCGAAACGAGCCAACAAAAUUCAUAGAUUAAAGCCACAGAUUGUUGUUAUGAUAUUAAAAUGAACUCUCAUCCUCUCAGCUUCUCUCCUUGGGGAAGGAGUAUAAUUAAAUUAAUCAGCAAUGCUGUUUUGGAGCUGCAAGAGAAAUGCCUCAGGAUGACCCUGGUCUCUCCCCAUCCAGCCUCUGGCACGUGAUGAGGCUCUUGCCUCCUCCACGGGCUGGGAGAGCCCCAGUCCUGUUGGAGCAGCGUCUGCAACACUCCCCUCACAAGAAACCCAACGGGAAUCAAGCUGGUUCAUCUCCAGAUGCUUUUAUAUUCAUUAGCCACAUAUUAAGUACUGUAAAUACACACUUGAGAAGUCAAUAUAUAUUUUUAUAAGCUUGAGAAAGAUGUAAUAUAAUAUUAUAAGGGACUCUGUGUGCAUCUCAUGUUUGAGCUAUAGUCAGACAUCUCCAGGGGAUCUCAGUUGGUUGGGAAUAUUUAAUAAUGAUGACAAUAAUAAUACUUAUUAUAAAUGCUAAUUAAAAUCUAUUGAGUUUGUUUUUCUUUUUUUUAAUUUUGUAUUUAUUGAACCACGGUUGAAGCUGGCAAUAAAGAGAUA